CAGUGUCGAGAUACACAGUGUUCGGAGUGUCAUUGUGGAGUGCGCAUUACACGAUCACAUUAAGGAAAAGGUCCCAAGGGCUUUAUCAAUCUGGUUCACCGAAACGCUAUGGAGAAACGAACCACCUGGCAACUGUUUACAAAGCUUAAAUCGAGAACCGCUUUUGAAAUGAAGUAGUCAGUUGUUAUUUUUAUAGAUAAAUGGAACAGGAAACUUGAAAUAAUGUGAUAUAAAGCUAAUAGGCAUCUCGGCACCGAAGUCUCACUGAAAGCUUUCAUAAUAUUUUGCCACGAAAACACUUUUUUGAAACACUCUAAACACUAUGUUAUGAAAAAGAGAAGAAAACCAAAGACCAAGAGGAAACAUAAGUGAUAAGGCCAGAUAUCGGAAGCGCGUAUUUAACAGUGGCAAUAAGGUCGGCCUUUCCACGUAAUAACAAGAACGAAUCGACCAUGGUGCAACAGCACAGGGGUUCGCAGCGGCUCGGGGUUCUGAGGCUGUGGGCUGUCAGCGGCAUCCAGGAGACCGUGGAAAUGAUCUCUCGAGCGUGGUUGGCGGAGAAGUUCAUUUCCCCUUUUAUGUGUCGCGUUUCGGUGAAGGACAACAUCUGGUGCAUGGUUCCCUCUCUGACUGAGGCCUCGAUGCGUCGCGUGCCGGCCGAGGAGUGCUCGUUCGACCCCUGGUGCGGCGCCCUCAUCCACCAGGACACGGCGCCGCCCCUGGUGACUCGCUUGACGGUGCUGUGGGUGGCGCUGCUGGUGUCCCUCAUGGUCAUCUGGGCGCCGCGGAUCCUCACCUUCCGCCCGCAGAACCCCGCCCUCAUCUGGCUCAGGCGCCAGACACAGCGGCUCGUGUUGUUGCUGGCCGCUGGGGGCGCUGUCCUCCAGCUGGUGUUGGAGCACCUGAUCCUGCCCGCCCUUCUGCCGCCCGAGCGACUCCUCACCCACACCGUGUCCUUGUUCGCUUUCUGCUUCGCCAAUCUAGUCACGACCGCCGUCCUGAUGGCGCGGCCGACGGGAAGAGAAGCGCUUAAAACCCAUUCCCUCGGAGAGCGGACCCCGGCGUCGACCACUGACCCGCAGGGAGUGUUGAGGGACAUCGUGGAAGAUAAACUACCCUGACAUUGCUAUGGUUGUAUUGUUUUCGGAACAUACUUCAUUUCAGCAUUAAUGAUAUUUAUGAGGUUUAUCUUCCAUCAUCUUCACCGCCAUUUAUGUGAAAAACGGAUUCUAAUAGCAAAGGAAAUCCCUUAUUGUGGAGCAUGAUUUUUAUAUUUUCAUAAAUCAAUACAGUAAUAAAGUAACCAUG